GAAAUGUAACCCGUCCUAGAGUUACCGCAGUGUAUCAGCUAUUCAGAUGUAUCAGUAACAGUAUCAAUUUUCUGCACGGUCAUUGUAUUGAACACAAGAGCCCUUUGUACCUGUCAUCAUGUGACUGUUUUCAAUUGGUUUUAACAAGGUAGUGUUUCUCAGAGGCCCCCACUCUGCUGUGUCCCUGCACUGUUGAAACAAUGGCCUAUAUCGCAAAGACCUUCUACGACCUGCAUGCUACGAAGCUGGACGGGGACAGCGUGGAUUUCAACAUCUUUCGGGGGAGAGUCGUCCUGAUUGAGAACGUGGCUUCUCUCUGAGGGACAACCACAAGGGACUACACCCAGCUAAAUGAGCUGCAGAGCAAGUACCCUCAUCGGCUCACUGUGCUGGGGUUCCCCUGUAACCAGUUUGGAUACCAGGAAAACUGUCAGAAUGAAGAAAUCCUGAAUUCACUGCAGUAUGUGCGCCCGGGAGGGGGUUUCCAUCCCAAUUUCACCAUGUUUCAGAAAUGCGUGGUAAACGGAAAGGAUACUCACCCGGUCUUUGCUUACCUGAAAGACAAGCUGCCUUACCCAGACGACGACCCCACCUCCUACAUCCAAGACCCCAGGUUCAUUAUCUGGAGCCCCGUGAACAGAUCCGACAUCGCCUGGAAUUUCGAGAAGUUUCUGAUUGGUCCUGAGGGAGAGCCGUUCAAACGCUACAGUAAAAAGUUUAAAACCAUUGACAUAGAGCCGGACAUCCAGAGACUCCUAAAACUAACCAAAUAGAAAGAACUUGAAGAUUCCUCGACUCCGUCAUUGUCCUUAUUUCUCUAAUAUAUAAUACAGUGCCUGAUGUUUUGAAGUUGACUAACAGAUUCUCCAUACUUUUGAGCGUUACUGAAUGACAGUAUUCUUCUAAAAUGUACAGGAAUAAUGCUUGAAGAACUGUAAGGGUUCAGAGGUUAUGGAUUUUGCAGUUGGCAACUAUUUUGUAAUGUCAUGAUAUCUAAAUAAACAGAAGAUUAAUCCAACUUACUGUUUUUUUAAUGCAUUCAAGAAUAAAUAUUAUUAAUUACACCUUGUUUCUAUCUGCACUAUGUUACCAGUCUGUAAGACUCUCAUCUCAUUCCAACAUCAGACUGGUGCUACCUGUCACUGCAACCAGAUGUUACACACAGAUCAAAGACCUCCAACAUUUGUCAAAUUAUUAUUAUUAUUAUUAUUGGCAUUCAUAAAUAUCACCUCUCUCCAAAGUUUACCAAUAUGAUAGUCCUUCAGUAAGUGAUGUGUGAAAG